GUCCUCAGGAAGAACUCCCCUGUAAAGGAUGGGAAUUUUAUCUUGAUAUUAUUACUAAAAUUAAAAUUAAGAGAACUUCAUCUUAUGAAAUGUAGUAUUAGUAAAAUGUUACUCUGCAUGUAAAGCUAUUAGAAUUAUUUCUAUGAUAAUAUUGGGAUAUUUGGAGAUUUUCCAGUGUUGUUGAUGGCUAGAUCCCUUUUUGCUUCUAAUCCCAUUCUUUCUAUCUUUAUUCUCUCUUUGACGCACUGAUUUUUGUACAGGAUUAACACCAUAAACUUUCCUUUUCUUUAUGCAACCACACAGAAAACCAUUUCUUGCCCCAUUAGAACCCUAAAAUCCUAGCUCUAAAAACUUUUAAAAAAAUAGUUUCGUUAAUCUAACCUACCAUUGCUUGUAGGCAUGAUUCUCUAUUAUUUCAACAUACAUGUAAAUAUUUUUAGUUGCUUCACGUUUGGCUUAUGCUUGGCCUUUUUGGCUUAUCUUUGACAUUUCAAGCUCCAUAUAACUUAUUCUCUUUACAUGAUAUUUACUGUCAUUCUGUACUAUAUUUCUCCCCUUACUGAAACAGCCUAAGAUAGACAAUGGUCAUCCAACAUGGUUGCAUCUUUGGAUAAGAGAAUUUUAUCCAAAAUUCACUGAAGGUAGAGGCCACCAAUCGAAGGCAUCUGUUCCUGCUGUUGAUGUGAGAUGGACACUUGGUAUUCCUAGUGAAAGGGCUUCUGAGAAGCUCUCUUAUUGAUUCAUGAAGAAAUUUGUAAGCAAAAGUCAUUUGUUGAUAGCAUACUUGAUUGUCUGCUUGAGGAUGACUAUCUGGCAAAUAUGUUGGAUAGCCAAGACAACUGAAGUCUGUUCCAGUUCUAGAUUAGCUAAUUAACUGAAAGGUUUCUUCUUCUCCUCCCAUUUUAGUUAAUAAGGGAUUUUGUACAAUUACAUAUAUAUGACAAACAAUUUUGCCAAAGUGUAGGUUGUUAAUGUUCUAUGUUUGUUGUAUCAGCAUCAUUCUUUUUCUUAUCUGCCUUGUUUUUCUUUUAUAUUUGUACUUUUAUAUGUAAGUUGGUUAUAUUAGGUAUUUGUGGGCUACUAUUUCACAGUAGCUGCUUUGUAUUUGUUCUUUGGAUGUGUAGCUUCUGUGUCUCUUCUCUUCCAUGUGAUUUGCCUUUUUCUUGCUCACACAUGCAUUCUGUAAGAAGGAUUAUUUCCCUUGCAUUCAUUAAUAUUUAUUUGGAUUUAUUGUCAACUUAAUAAAAGAUGAGAGUAAAUUUCUUGGGAGUGUAUUAACAUCUUUGAUUUUGAAUGUAGUUUAUAUUUAUAUUGAUGUGAAACUCUUGAAUUUUCAUUCUCGUGUUCUUCCUAGUAGUCAUUUUGAAACUGAGAUUCUAGUUCAAAGUUUUGGAUAAAUUCUACUUAAAUUUGCAUUCUUAAACAGAAUGCAGUGGCCUAAUGAUACCUUCAUAAUUUCCUCAGGUACAAGUGCACAAGCGUGCAAAUUGCAAAACACAAAGAACAGCACGAGUUCCUUCACUUUAUGUGCUUCAGUGCAGUGGAUCUGAGCUAAAAAUGAAAAGCAUUUACAUUUACCAGGAAGCUGCUUUUCAAGGUUGAUGAUGAGAUGCCAACAAAGAUAGAGCCUUUUUGACUGGGGACUCAAAAUGCUGAUCACACAGAGAAAAGAAUAAACAGCUUGAAGUUUUGUAUUAUUUGUUCUAGUGUAAGCAUUAUUCGUUAGGGUCCUAUGAUUGUUAUGUAACACUCUUUUUAUUUUUCAUUUUUCAUUUUAUUUGGAUAUGCAAUGAUUUACUUUUACAUAACCGAUUUAGAAUUUGAACUUGGAGCCUCUUAAUUAAGAUCUCAACUUCUC